UAUGGCAACGGGGGGGGGCCUCGCACGGCGGGCCCCGCGCGGCGCAGCCGUGGUUGCCGUGGCAACGGGGCCCUUCCCCUGAGGGCGGCGCGCAUCAUGGCGGCGCCCCUGCUGAGCGCGGCCCUGCGGGGAGCCCGGGCCUUCGGCACCGCCGCUGCUCUCUGCAGGCGGGCGGCCCCGCUGGGCCCGAUGCCGAACGAGGAGAUCGAUGUCGGCAACUUGGAGGCGCUGGAGAAAUACCGCAGCUUCACUCGGUACUUCAGGCAGGCGGAGAAGGAGGGCAGGAAGGCCCGGUGGUGGAAGACCUACCGGCAGUACGCCAGCCCCGAGCCAGAGCAAAAGACUGACAUCAGCCUGCCACAUGGGGAGCUGUUGAAGGAAUAUAAGGAAAGAAAAAAGAUCCUGAAGCAGAACCACCAAAACGCCGAGAUGGAAAGAGCAGCACGGCUCCGGACUGCACUCAUCCCCCUCGACGAGGUCAGAGCAGAGUGGGAGAAGACCAGCGGCCCGUUCCACAGGCAGCGCCUGGCAGAGUAUUAUGGGAUAUUCCGUGACUUGUUCCAGAAGGGCACCUUCACCCCCUGGGUUAGCCUGAGAGUGGAGUACAGCCAGGAAGAUGAGCACCUCGUGCCGGUGUACUACGGGAACAUGGUGACUCCGACAGAGGCUUCCAAUCCCCCUGAAGUGUCAUACGAGGCAGAUAAAGGCUCCCUCUGGACUUUGUUGCUCACAAAUCCAGAUGGACAUUUACGAGAGACUGACGCGGAGUACCUCCACUGGCUGGUGACAAACAUCCCAGGCAACGACAUCAAGGCGGGCAAGGAGAUCUGCCACUACUUGCCCCCCUUCCCCGCCAUGGGAACCGGCUACCAUCGCUUCAUCUUCCUCCUCUUCAAGCAAGAACGCCCCAUAGAUUUCAGCGAGGACGUUCGGCCGACGCCGUGCCACAGCCUCAAGAUGCGGACCUUUAGCACGUUUGACUUCUACAGGAAGCACGAGGACAGCAUGACCCCAGCGGGGCUGGCGUUCUUCCAGUGUCAGUGGGACAGCUCCGUUACUUGGGUCUUCCAUCAGCUUCUCAAUAUGAGGGAGCCCGUGUUCGAAUUUGUGCGGCCGCCCGUUUACCAUCCUCCACAGGUCAAGUUCCCGCGCCACCAGCCUCUGAGGUACCUGGACAGGUACCGGGACACCAAGGAGCCCACCUACGGCAUUUACUAGCCGCCUCGUCGCCCCGGUGCCCGCUGCAAGCAGGCCCGGCAGGUGGGGCUGCUGCCUUCCCUGCCUUCACACAGCUCUGUGGGCCGGAGAAGUCUGCACCUCUAGAGGGAGACAACAAAAUCCCGGUCCCUUGGCUCCGAGUUCCACUUUGCUGGCAGUGCUGGGAAGCGUGCAGCUGAGGGCAACAGGCAGUCGGUGCUGGCAGCCGCAUGGGAAAAAGGCUAUUUGAGAGCGCGAUGAAAAUAAAUCCAGGCUGCAGCCUUGCUACUGGUUCUGUAGCAGAGCUGAUGAGGAGCAGAGGCAGAACAGAGUCCCCCAGAAAUGUCCCGCCUGGCUUCUCUGGAAGGAUCACGCUUCUCCUUUUGCCUGUUUAUGAGGAAUAAGGUUAAACCAACCUGCAUCUCCUUCCCUUAUCGGUGCUGCAGUUCAGGACUGUGCCAGCUUUCAUUUCAGCAGUCCUGUGAAAGAGAUGAGUGAUUAAACACGCUCUGAGCAACGGUG